GAUUUUUUUGUUGGGAUGUGUUUCAUCAUUGUUCUUCUUCAGUUUAUUUGGGUGGCUAUGACAAGGAAGAGAAGGCGGCCAGAGCUUAUGAUCUCGCCGCACUCAAGUACUGGGGUCCAACCACUACUACUAACUUUCCGGUUUCAAACUAUGAGAAGGAAUUGGAAGAGAUGAAAAACAUGACACGGCAAGAGUUUGUUGCUUCUCUUCGAAGAAAAAGUAGUGGAUUUUCUAGGGGUGCUUCAAUAUAUAGAGGGGUCACAAGGCAUCAUCAACAUGGUAGGUGGCAAGCAAGAAUAGGGAGAGUAGCUGGCAACAAAGAUCUCUACCUUGGCACAUUUAGUACUCAAGAAGAAGCAGCAGAGGCCUAUGACAUUGCUGCAAUCAAAUUCAGGGGCCUAAACGCGGUGACCAAUUUUGACAUUAGCCGCUAUGACGUACAAAGUAUUGCCAACAGCAAACUUCCCAUAGGAGGGAUGAACAAAUCCAAGAACUCCUCUGGUUCCACCUGUACCAGCAAGAGUAGUGGAGGAAGCCGAUCAGACGACGACCCUGAUCCCUCAGCAUCCUCCGUCACAUUUGCCACUUGCGCUGCAACACCCAACUUCAGCUUUGCUAUUCCCCUCAAGCAAGGCACAUCAGAUUACUGGUCUAACGUUCAUGGAUUCAAUGCUGCCAAAAAUUCAAACGUUCCUCCUGUGGCAGUGUUCCAAUCCUCAGGAAGUACUAGUUUCAGCAUGGAGUUUGCAGGGAAUUCUGCUGUUAGCGAAAGCAACAGCACAAACUCAUUCAAUGGGGGUGGUUAUGCUCAGGAACAGAGCGUUGUGUUGGGUUCAUCAAUACCAUUAGCUACGCCAAUUGCCUUGAAUGGUAGCAGUGGGAACAGUUAUGAGGGUUCUUCUGGGUAUGGUAGCUGGAUUGCAGAAUCUUGGCAUUCAUAUCAGGCUCCAAAGCCGAGUCUCUCAGCGUUUCAGACACCAAUUUUUGGCAUGGAAUGAGCUCAUCAUAUGGGAAAAUCUGUGCAGCGUGGAGGGAAUUUGAGGAUAGCUUUUCAGCGUAUGGGCACAGCGUUUAAUUUUUAACUUAAGUUAGAUGAGCUGGACUGACAAACAUUUCACAGGAGCUGACAGUACCAACUGAAGUUCUCUCUAAUGGCCAUGGCUCUCUUUUUACCCUUUUUCUCCCUCUUGUUUUAAAAGAAGUGUUGGGCAGUUUGUAUUAUAUCGAACUGUAUAACUUAAAUCACUGAAUGAAAUGUGAGUUUUUUU